AUGCUGCGAUUGCUAAGCAACACGGGGGCGCGACUCCCCAGGGCGGCAGAAGAGGAGACCAAAGAGCCCCCACCGGCCCCGCCGCCCUCACAUCACUCCAACCAUCAGUUUGCAAGCAUGAAGAACAAAUUCUUCAACGAGCUCACGCACUUGCCCAUGCCCAUGUGGGCAGUGGGCGCCAUUGUAGUGGUCGUCAUUGCCCUCAUUGCCUGCAUGGGAUUCUGCAUUUACAAGAAGUGCAUCAACAAGAGCAAGAAGCCCAAGAAGGUCAGAGAAAGGAAAGCUGGGCGAGGACGCAAAAAGAAGGAAACAGAAGGAGAGGAGGGAGAGGAAAAGAAGGAAGGGGAGGAAGGGAAAGAAGAGGAGGAGAAAGAGAACUUUGGCAAACUGGAGUACUCAUUGGACUACAAUUUCACUGAUAACCAGUUGAUAGUGGGGAUCCUGCAGGCUCAGGACCUGGCAGCUAUGGACAUGGGCGGAACUUCAGACCCGUACGUUAAAGUCUACAUGCUGCCUGACAAGAAGAAAAAGUUUGAGACCAAAGUCCAGCGCAAGAACCUCUGUCCUGUUUUCAAUGAGACCUUCAUCUUCAAGAUACCCUACACAGAGUUGGGUGGUCAGACGCUAGUGCUUCAGGUUUUCGACUUUGACCGUUUUGGCAAACAUGACGUCAUCGGCGAGAUCAAAAUUCCCAUGAACACUGUGGACCUUGGACAACCGAUUCAUGAAUGGCGGGAUCUGAUCGGAGGAGAGAAAGAGGAGCAAGAGAAGCUUGGGGACAUCUGCAUUUCCCUCCGCUACGUCCCCACGGCUGGAAAGCUCACUGUUAACAUCAUGGAAGCCAAGAACUUGAAGAAGAUGGAUGUUGGCGGACUGUCAGAUCCUUUUGUUAAAGUGGUGCUGCAGCACAACGGGAAGCGCCUGAAGAAGAAGAAGACGUCGGUGAAGCAAAACACUCUGAAUCCAUACUUCAACGAGAGCUUCAGCUUCGAGAUCCCCUUCUCCCAGAUCCAGAAAGUCCAGGUGAUCAUCACAGUGUACGACUACGACAAACUGGGGAGUAACGACCCCAUCGGCAAGUGCUGGAUCGGUUACGGCGCCUCAGGCGUCGGACUGCGCCACUGGUCCGACAUGUUGGCCAAUCCGCGCCGUCCGGUGGCUCAGUGGCACGUGCUGCAGCCGGAGGAGGAGGUCGACGCGGCCCUCAAGGCUCCCAUCCGCUAACAUCACGAUUGACCUUGACUCUUUAAUAUUUUUUCAUGUUACAGUACAAGCACAAACAGAAAUGGCCAUCGUUGUGAUUUCGUCAUCGUUGUUGUUUUAAAGAUGAGAUGAAUAUGACUGAUGACUAAGGUUGAUAACAGACUUUGAAGUCGCCCAAACCACAUUUCAGAGUGGAAAAAGAACACAUUUGACAAAGUCAACCUUUCACAUACAUGAUUUCACAGACCUGCACAUCCUUUUUUUUAUGUGUCUCGACUUUGUCAACGUGGGAAAGUCUGACUGAGCAUCAUUUUAGGAUUGUGACUUUAUUAUUUCGAUAGUCUGUUUUGAAGAAAUGCAAAAAUAUUUGUAUUGUACUGUGAUUAUUUUGUCUUUGCAAAAGAGUUUUAGAUGUUUUCUUCUUUUAUUUUAUGAAAAAAAGUUCUCUAUUGGUAAAUAAAUGGAGAUGUAUAUGCCUAAAAAUAGGAAACAUAUAAAUAUAGGAAAUUCAACAUCACUGAAUAAAUUUACAAGUAAAAAUACAGAGGUGUUGUGAGAACUCUUGGAAAACAGCAGACAAAACUGCAUCGGCGCAAUUUCACAGUCUCACUUUUAAGGUUGUAUUAUGUGUGACCUCCCACAUGUUUACCCUUCACGUAAAAGUGUUUAGUCACAUAUUUUUAUGAUUCCCUGACUGUUUCUCUUCAUUUGUAUGUGAACGUGAAAUUGUAUGUGAUUGCGUGUGUA